GUCCCGCAGAGACCCACGGUGUCGGGAACGGUCUGCAGGACCAGGAGCUCCCGCGGCCGGAACCCUCUGGCCCCGGGUGGCCGCUGCGGCCCGAGCGGCUGGGCGAGGAAAGAUGGCCGCCCUGACGACGGUCGUGGUGGCGGCGGCGGCCACCGCGGUAGCCGGGGCUGUGGCGGGGGCGGGCGCGGCCACCGGGAGCGGAGUGGGAGCAGCGCAGGUGCCGCAACAGAACGACAGCUGUUUCAGUACUUCGGGUGGGAUUCGUCCUUUUCAGCUUCAAAACUGGAAGCAGAAAGUUAGUCGGACGAAGAAAGCAGAGUUCAUGCGCACAGCAGAAAAAUUAAAAAAUCAAGUGAUUAACAUAGAAAAAGAUAAACAUAGUCAUUUCUACAACCAAAAAAGUGACUUCAGAAGUGAGCACGGUAUGCUGGAAGAACUGGAAAAUAAAUUGAUCAACAGCAGGAAAACAGAAAGAGCAAAACUCCAGCAGCAAUUGGCCAAAAUACACAACAAUGUAAAGAAGCUUCAACACCAGUUAAAAGAUGUGAAGCCUACCCCUGAUGUUGUUGAAAAGCUCAGAGAAAUGAUGGAAGAAAUUGAAAAUGCGAUUAACACUUUUAAGGAAGAACAGAGGUUGAUAUAUGAAGAGCUUCUGAAAGAAGAGAAAACCACUGGUAAUGAGUUGAGCGCCAUAUCCAGAAAAAUCGACAUGUGGGCUUUGGGGAACUCAGGAGCUGAGGCGGCCUUCAGAGCCACGCCAGGCAAGCUUCCUGUAGACAGAGAAAUGCCAAGCACUCUUCCAGAAGAAGUGGUAGAUUUUGAAAAAUUCCUUCAGCAAACAGGCGGGCGACAGGGGGGCUGGGAUGACUAUGACCACCAGAACUUUGUGAAGGUGAGAAACAAACAUAAAGGGAAGCCAGCGUUCAUGGGAGAAGUUCUAGAAAACCUUCCUGGAAGAACGCAGGAGGAAGUUCAGCAGCACGAGAAAUGGUAUCAAAAAUUUCUGGCCCUGGAAGAAAGAAAAAAAGAGUCUAUUCAGAACUGGAAAACCAAAAAGCAGCAAAAGAAGGAGGAAAUUCUCAAGUUAAAGGAAAAGGCAGAGAACAUAUCUCUGCUCUUCCACAGUAAAAACGAAGAUAAUCAAAAGCGAAAAGAAGAGCAAAGAAAGAAGCAGAAGCUGGCCGUGGAAGCGUGGAAGAAGCAGAAGAGUCUAGAAAGGUCCAUGAGACGUGCCUCCGAGGUGAGAGAAGAGGAGGAGAAAGAGAAGAAGCAGCAGAAAGCGCGGCAACGCCAGUUUAAACUAAAAUUACUCCUGGAGAGUUACGCCCAGCAGAAGAAAGAGCAGGAAGAAUUUCUGAGGCUUGAGAAGGAGAUGAAGGAAAAGGCAGAAAAGGCAGAAAAGAGGAAAACGGCUGCUGAGGAGAUCUCCAGGUUUCAAGAGCGAGAUUUACAUAAACUUGAAUUGAAAAUUCUAGAUCGACAGUUAAAGGAAGAUGAAAAGGCAGAAAAACAAAGAAAACUGGCAAAAUUAAAAGAAAAGGUUGAAAACAACGUUGGUAGGGAUCCCUCUAGGCUUUACAGACCUACCAAAGGUUGGGAGGAACGGACUAAGAAGACGGGACCCACAGGCUCCGGGCCACUUCUGCAUAUCCCACACAGGGCUAUUCCGACCUGGAGACAAGGACUUGAGAAAAGAAUAUGAGAUAAUGAAGUUGGUAUUCAGUUGAUGAAAGUGUCAGCAUGUUCAUACCAGGAGAGAGUCAGUGCCCAUGUUCUUUAAGUAGUACUAGCCCCAGUCAGAUUGGUAACCGUGUUGUUUGUGAACACACAGGUACUGAGUUCCCUGCGGCGCUGUCGGAGCUCGUCUAUACUCAGUGGGUAUUUAAUGUGUAUGUUGGCCUAUUAUUGAUGUAAACGUUAUUUGAAUAAGUGUAUGUUACACACAUGAUUUCAUUUAAGUCCUGAGAACAUUUCAAAGGUAUUUUGUUUUUGUCAUGGCAUAGCAAAAUAAAUUGGGUCAAUCAUAGAGUAUCAAUUUUUUUUUAAACAAAAAUUUUGUAACAUUUAUAACUUGGAGGCAAAUGAGCUCAAGGAACAGAAAUGUAAAGAUUUUCCUUUCUGGGGGGAAAUAAGUCAGUACUUUUCUAAGUUUAACAAAUUGGUAGUUUGUCGGUUGCUACAUUUUUGUGUAAUAAAUAUUUUGUAUUUGUUGGAA